GGCUCACCCCCUCUGAUGUGCGUAACAACUUUGAAAGUCGACCCGCCGUGCACAACGAUGCUCCUGCUCCUUUGCGCGCUCACCCUGCUCGCCUCCGCCGACGCGCUCGUCUCCAAGCGCGCGGCCGUCGGCUGCCCGGAGACGUGUGACAAGUCCAGAUGUGCGCCCCCGACCGCCGAGUGCCCGACCGGGACGGCGCUGGACGCGUGCGACUGCUGCCCGGCUUGCGCGGCCGGCGAGGGCGAGCCGUGCGGCGCCCAGCGGGAGUGCGCCGAAGGGCUGACAUGCGCGCUGAGCGACGGAGUGGAGGUGACGACCACCAUCCGGCGGAGGGGCAAGGCCGGCGUGUGCGCGUGCGCCAGCCGCGAGCCCGUGUGCGGCAGCGACGGCGUAACGUACACCAACAUCUGCCAGCUGAGGCGCGUGAGCAGGCGCGCCACCGACACGCACCGUCCGCCCGUCAUCUUCAUCCAGAGAGGCGCGUGUGGCGAAGGCCGGCAGAACCCCGACAGCCUUCGCUUCAAGUACAACUUCAUCGCUGACGUGGUGGAGAAGAUAGCACCCGCCGUCGUUCACAUUGAAGUCUAUCGCAAGAUGGUUUACUCCAAGCGGGAAGUCGCCAUGGCCAGCGGCUCCGGCUUCAUCGUGUCAGAGGACGGACUCAUCGUCACCAACGCCCACGUGGUGGCGAAUAAGCAUCGAGUCAAGGUGGAGCUGAAGAGCGGCGCCACAUUUGACGCAAAGAUCAAAGACGUGGACGAGAAGGCCGACAUCGCUCUGAUCAAGAUCGACACAGCGGCCAAACUGCCAGUUCUUCUGCUCGGCCGUUCUGCGGACCUUCGGCCCGGCGAGUUCGUGGUGGCCAUCGGGAGUCCGUUCUCGCUCCAGAACACCGUGACCACCGGCAUCGUCAGCACCACCCAGCGGGGGGGCAAGGAACUGGGCCUCCAUAACUCGGACAUGGACUACAUCCAGACGGACGCCAUCAUCAACUACGGCAACUCAGGAGGUCCGCUCGUCAACUUGGAUGGAGAAGUCAUCGGCAUCAACACUCUGAAGGUGACGGCGGGAAUCUCCUUCGCCAUUCCCUCCGAUAAGAUCCGAGAGUUCCUGGCCGAGUCGCAUGACCGACAGUCCAAAGGAAGCAGCAGCAACAAGAAGAAGUAUGUGGGCAUCAGGAUGAUGAGCCUCACGCCAACGUUGGCUAAGGAGUUGAAGGACAGACAGUCAGACUUUCCAGACGUCACCUCUGGCGCUUACAUCAUGGAGGUACUCAGCCGGACCCCCGCUGAGGCCGCCGGGCUGCGGGAGAGCGAUGUCAUCAUCAGCAUCAACGGCGAGCGCGUGAUGUCCGCCAGCGACGUUAGCGCCGCCAUCAAGCGAGACGACACGCUCCGCAUGGUGGUGAGGCGGGGCAAUGAGGACGUCAUUCUCUCCAUCGUGCCUGAGGAGAUCGACCCUUGACCCCUCCGGCAACACUGUGAGCACGACCGACAAGAGCGUGGGGGCGCUGUGGAACACCUGCUGUGUUUAAAGACAUUAGACUUCCUCUGCGACCACGUCUCACACACACACACCUUGUGGAUAAGUUCAUUUUCUUUGUAAAUUGUUUUUUAGUUGUCUGUUUUUCUAAAAAGAAAAUAAAAUUAUUUUGAAGUGUC